AUGGCCGACACUGCGACUGCUCCCGCCCCUGCGGCGGACAAGCAAGCCCAUACCCGUCCUACCAAGCCUGACGAGAAUGCCUUUAAGGAGGCUCUCGCAAAGGCUGAGAAGGACCACAAGGUUUCCAUGGACCAGCUGGCUGCUGUCAAGGCCAAGAUCGAAAUUGCCAUGCCCAACAAGAACAAGGACCAGCCUAGCCCGACCCAGAAGCGACGACAGGAGCUCAUUGCCCAGGCCAACGAGAUUCGCCAGAAGCAGGCCGGAGGCAAGAACGCCCGCACCACCAAGCUCGACCAGAUCAAGCGCCUCGAUGAGCAGGUUCGCAGCAGGAUCGCCGAGCAAAAGACUGCCAAGGCCAAGGUUCCCUACAAGUCCCUCGAGGAUGUCGACCGCCAGAUCGCCACUCUUGACAAGCAGGUCAACUCGGGUACCAUGAAGCUGGUUGACGAGAAGAAGGCUCUUUCCGACAUCUCUAGCCUCCGAAAGAUUCGCAAGAACUUUGGCCAGUUUGAGGACUCUCAGAAGCAGAUUGACGACCUGCGCGCCAAGAUCAAGGAGAUCAAGGACACCAUGGAUGACCCCGAGCAAAAGGCCAUGUCGGAGCAGUACACCAAGAUCCAGACUGAGCUCGAUGCCAUCAAGGCCGAGCAGGAUGAGGCUUACAAGGGUCUGUCGAGCCUCCGUGACGAGCGCACCAGGCUUCAGGCCGAGCAGCAGGAGAAGUACACCGCCAUCCGCAAGCUCAAGGACGACUACUACGGCCAGAAGAAGGCUUUCCAGGCCUACGAGCGUGAGGCCCGUGAGCGUUACCGCGAGAAGCAGCGGGCUGAGCACGAGCGUCACAUCCAGGAGCGCAAGAAGGCCGAGGCUGAGCGCCGCCUUGGCGAUGCCAGCGACCCUGCCUACCUUGAUGAGAUUCGUCGCGCCAACAGCCUUCUCCAGUUCCUCGACCCUAACCACAAGGUUGAGAAGGGUCCCCUGAUGGCCGACACUGGUCUCGGAGCUCAGGCUCAGCGAAGCGUCGAUGAGGCCGGUCUUAAGGGCACCAAGCUCGUCCGCAAGGAGGACCGUGAGGACGAGUACUUCUCUGCUGUCAAGAAGGGUAAGAAGGGCAAGAAGGGUGGUCAUGCUGCCUCAUCCAAGUUCUUCAAUGUCCCCCCCUCCGUUGUCGAGGACUGCGCCGCCAUGGGUAUCGACCCUCCUAUGAGUGCUUUGGACAUCCCUGGCGUUACUGAGAAGGUUCGCGCCAAGCUCGACUUCUGGAAGAACGACCAGGAGGCCCAGACCAAGCGUAACAUUGAGAAGGCCAAGAAGGAGAUCGCCGAGCUUGAGGCCGCCGAGGCCAACGGCGAGAAGGUCGAGGAAGUUACCUCUGGCCUGAAGGAGACUUCGAUUGCUGAGAAGCAGGAGUCGUAAGCCUCUCUGACACCGCUAUUCCGCUCGUCGGUAUUCUCCCAUGCCGACCAUGCUGGGGCCAUCUUCGAAUCUUCCUACCACCAUCCUCACCACUUACUCCCGUCUUUCGUCAUUUCGGCAUCCACCUCUCUGAACGUUCCUCGCGCCACCCCUCGGUAUAUCGAAUCAAAUGUUGAGGCGCCCUCAAACGUUAUUCGAAUCUCAUCUGGCCACUGAGUUAAUUAUGCCGAGUCUCUUGCCGCUUCCACACUUUUCCCACCCUCCCUAUAUAACCUCCUGGUCGAAUAUAAAAGCGCUUGUUGUGCUGUUUUGUAAUUAGGCGCUGAUUUUUCACGAAGGUGAUGCGCAAGAAAGAAGAACGAGAGAUGAAGAAAAAAUACAGUUGGUUCAAUCUGGGAAUGCUUGGAUUUUUGCGUGAUGUGAUUAUGUUCGGCUAUCGAAUAUCUUGGCGAUCUCCAAGUCAAUCGCUCGCUUACCACUCAAUGGCGAGAGCCUGAUGAAGGGUCAUGAGGAGUCGAAAAGCGUAGACUUGAGUUGGCAUGCAUCGGGCAUAUGCGCUCGCUUUGUUGAUCGUCUCCUUUGGUGUUGCCCUGCAUGCGUGCAUCAAUGACCACCAGCCGCAUUCGAACCUUGCAAAAGCCCCGUCGUCUCACUGCACUGCAGACACAUAGAUCCGCGGAUAAUAGGUAGGUUGAAGCAAUAUGCAGGUAUAGGCUUGACACUAGCCAGCCCCCAGCUCUUCUUCGGCCUAUCGCCAUGGCCUCAGCUGCACUCGGACGCCCCUCUUUUGAUCAUCCAUCCCCCACUCCUCCAGCCAAGAAAUGCUGCUGGCCUUGCUCGGCCGCUCGCUCUCUCGCUUGCCCGCGUGCGGCAACUGUCUCGUUCGGCAGGCCAUUGAUGAUGGGUUGGGGUGCUCGUGGUUGAGUGAAAUAUUGCCUUCUGCGGCGUGGUAUUUUGCUUGACUUCAAAUACAAAUAUGCCCAACUUUGGUAAACCCCAACCAAAUACUCCAAAUGAAAAUACUGCCAGACCGGGCAGGCUUCUAGUCCAACACAGGUGGAAACUUUGGCCCAAACUUUGAGAAUCCUCGAUGAUGAUGCCACUUUGGUCUGUUAUGCCGGUAAUACUCCACGCCCCAAUUAUGCAAUGGUCGUGAUGUUCGUAGAGUCGUAAUGAUAUGAUUUGGCUGCAUUGUAUGCAUGCC